CGCUCCGCAGCCGGGCUGGUGCUGCUGCUGCUGCUGCUGCUGGCGCCUCGCCUCGUCCGUCUCCAGCUCCUCGCGCUCAGGGGAGCUGCCAUGAGAUCUCCUCGCGCUCCUGCUCACCUGCAUCUGGCUGCUAGAAGACGCGCGGGAAGCGGGAAGCGGGACUGACCAGCCGCAGAUCAUGACUUCAUAGGUUUCUGGAUCGGAAAACGGGCUCCGGGCAUCUCUAAUUGCACUGACCGGUGCCGGGGGUCGAGAUCUCUGGACCCUGAACCCGUCACUCAAACAGGUUGUCGGGGUGUUUGUCACUCUGAAAGGGGUCUUCGGGGCACAGCCGAGGAUGCUACCCCCCAGAUGGUGACUCCGAAAGGGUUGGAUGGAGAGCUGGUCGAAUGUCAGCGGGAACUAUCGUGAUAACCGGAGGAAUUCUUGCUGGGGUGAUACUGCUGUGCAUCGUAGCAGUUCUCUGUUACUGUAGACUCCAGUAUUACUGCUGUAAGAAGAACGAGUCCGAGGCGGACGUGGGCUCGGUGGCGGGAGCAGAUCCUCUGUCUCACUUCCCCUGCAACGCCUGCAACGCCCUGGCCAUGGACGGGACCGACAUCACGCCCGUCUCCCUGGACCAGCUGGACUCGGGUUCGCACCACAGCCCCUGCCCCUCGUGUUCGCCGUACCCCGUCCGCUCUGGACUCACAGACGACAUGCGUAACGGAGGGGAGCGGCUGGGCUUCUACUACGAAAACCCGUCAGUGUCUCUUCCUUUGCCUGUCAACCACCCGACUUCGUCCCCUCUGAGCUACUACAACCCCACGGACGCUUUCCCUCCCCCGCCGCGCCCCUACAGCACCGACGUCUGACUCUCUCCUCACUGGACUCUUCUUCACACACAUAUUUACACCAACACACUUAACUUUACUUGCACAAGCCAUUUAGAAUAACAACAACAAAAAAGUAAAUGUAUUAAAACAUGGCACAAUUACACCUAGAUUAUUGCACAUUCUGACUUUAGUCACAGUCACCCACAGACUCAGCCCACUGACUGAGCUCCUGUGUGGGCAACAAAAUCAUGCAGCAGCUCACAAACGCUGCAGCAAGAAUUUAUUUUCCUCUCCUGUAAAAGGCAGACUGUUCGUCCACGGCUAUGGGGCUAAAUCACCGGUGACUGCAUCGGAGGCAAGACCACUCCACCAGUAAGGAUAAACAAGAUAAACAGAUUACGAAAUCCAAGGAUUUGUAAUCUGCAAUAUACAGUAAAAAUUAAACCAACAUAUACAUCAUUUGUUUGAAGUUUUAUUUUUUUUUUAGUGUGCUGUUGCUAGUCUGAAGGAGUUGAAUGGAGGAGUCUCAGGGGAGGCAGAAGUUUGGCUUGGAGACUGCAGCCUCGGCGAGAGCGUUCGCUCCGGCUCCUCUGAAAGGCUGCCACUGCAGAUUAAAGGAUUUCUCAAACAUGCAUGAAGCAAUCAAAGCAACACUCCAGGUAUAUUUUUGAUGAGAGGAUAACCUUAUAACAUGAUGUAAAGCUACAAAAAAAGAAGCCAAUUUUACAUAAUAGCCCCCUUUCAAAUAAAACAACAUGACUUGCCAAACCUCUGUCAGUCUAGAUUAAAGUCACUUUUUAGGAAAUAUGCUACAUGACCAGUAAUCUCUGCAUAGAGCUGAAAAACAUGGGCUUCCCCUGCCACUAGAGGAGAAUGUGCACAUCAUCAUCGCUCCGAUUGCAGAAACCUUCUGUAGGGGAGCCAUAUUUGUGGUUUAUGAAUGAGAUUGCACCAAAUUUGUGUAAAUAAGGUUGAUUAAGAUUGUCGUUAGAUCUGAUGUGUCACUCUUCUUCUCUCAAACUGAAAGCAUGAAUAGUCAAGGAAAUUCCUGACUCUCAGUUCAAGCUUAAGUGACUAGUGGAUUUUUUUUUUUUUACCUCUCAUAUCAGCAGGAAGUCACAUGGGAACCGAGAGUUAAAAUCCGAUUAGCAAUGAAGGCACAUGAUCGAUCUGUGUUCAUGUGUUGCGUCACCAUAUAGAGGACUUUCCUCCACAUCGGCUCAGUUUCUGUUUCUCUUUCUCUUUCCGGAUGUUAACUCAGACACUCAAAGUGUGACCCCCGCCCUCCCUGAGCCUUUCAGCCUCCUGUACAUGAGGGCUAACAGUUUUCUACUAGGCCUAGUCGUUUGCCAGUAAUAGAAACUCACCGCGGAGUUUUGUCCAGAGGUGAAACAGGGAACGGAAAGGGGAGUUUUUAUGCAAUUUUGUGCAUCUUGCAGUUUUUUUUUUCAGUUAGUUUCAGUCAACAAAGAAAGUCUCACGUGUGUUUUAGUUGUGAUCUCUAUUCUGGUAAAUGUAAGGAAGCCAGACUAUUAAAAUGAAAAAGGUUUGUUUCCUGGUGUAAAAGCUGGUGGUGCUGUGAGUCUUUUCUUGUUUGUGAAUUCAGACGAAAGAUAACGGACGAUCCUUUUCUCUUUUUGUUUAAGUGAAAACGAGAAAAAAAAUCCAACAUAAAGUAAGAUUGUGUACUAUAUUUUAGUGAUUUAAAAUCGCCAUCCUGUCUGCCACGGUACAGUAACAACAUGCAGUGUUAUUUCACAGUAUAUGCCUGAAUUGAUAUAUAUUUUUGUGAAACUCCUGGUGAAUAUCAUUGUUGCUUUAUUUCCUACUCUUCUAUUUAAUGUUCUCUUUGUAUUCCUGUGUUUUUUUGUGUUCCUGUCAGAAAAAAUGCGGUACUGUAAGUAGGAACAAGAAAUGUAUAUUUAGAGAUGGAGUUUUACAUUCCUAAAAAAUUAUGAUAAAAGUUGUGCUCAGACAAACAAAUAUACUACUGCCAAGACUUCUAUUUAAGAAACGGUAUUUUGUCAGAAACAAGUGAUUUGCACAAGUAUUCAUAGUCCGUUAACACCUUCACAUUUUGUCACAACUUUCCUGUCGGUUUUGGGGUUUCAUGCCGUAGACCAGCACAGAGCAGAGUCUAGUUUUGAAGUGAAAGAAAGGGGGGAAAAAACCCCAAAGGUUUUAGAAUUAAAAAUGUGAGAAAUGUCACAUGCAUUUUUCAUAUCCACUCCCAUUUUUCUUUUAAAGAAAACAUCUACCGGUUUUAUCCUUCCAAACUUUUUCAGGGUUUUUCUGCCCAUUUUUUAUUGCAAAAGAAGUUAGGUUCUGUCAAAUUAGGUUGAUAACAUCAGCCAACAUCGACACCCCCCAAAGAUUCUCAUUUGGAUUUAGGUUCAGACUUUGACUAGGUCAUUCUAACACAUGAUUAUUCUUUUAUCCAUACCGUUCAUUUAGCUCUGACUGUGUUCAGGGCCUUUGUCCAGGCGGAAGGUGAAACCUCUUCUCCAGUUUCAAGUGUUUUGCAGCCUCUAAAACGUUUUUCUUCCAGGGUCGCCUCCUGUUUAGCACCAUUCAUUUCCUGAUCAACUCUGAGCAGGGAAACACCCCAGCAUGAUGCUGCCACCACCAUGUUUCACUGUUGGGUUUCUUCCACACUUCCUGAGUUCAGAGGAUUUUACUUCAGGGUGGCAGAGGAAAGGGGAAUGAAUGCAUAUAAGGAUUUUUCUUUGUAAAAUACUUGUGUUCGUCUGCUGCACAAAACCUCAACAACAUACAAAUGUGAAAAAUUUCCCUGUGAAUGAAUGCGGUUUUUUGUUGUUUUUUUAAGGCGCUGGCCUUCUGUUGCAUCACGUUGUCGACGCAGAGCUUUGCCUCAUCAAUUUGCUGUUUCAAACGCGCUUUUGUGUUUCUAUGAUGCAGCACAAUGCCAUUCCCUGUCUCUGGCAGAUGAAGCUCUGUGCUUUUGUUCAGCGGCUUGCUCUUAUUUUCAGAUUUCUCUGAUUUCUUUUCAGCUGUAUUGAUGGGUUAUCUUUUGGUACACACUGUUAGAGUGAGAAAAUCCAUCACCUGUUCACACCUUUUUAUUAUUAUUAUUGUUAUUAUUUUGAGGAGAAAAUAAAUGUUUAUAUGUCUCCCUUG